GUGUUUUGAUUUACGGGCCACCUGGCGUUGGAAAAACCUUUCUCGUCAACGAAAUCGCAAAGGCCUGUAAUGCGAAAAUGAUUUCAAUUCACGGACCGGACGUGUUUGGCACGUAUGUCGGCGAAAGCGAGGCGAGACUACGAAAUAUAUUCUCACAAGCUAAAUCUUUAACCAUCGAAGAAAAUCGUCCAAUCAUUUUAUUCAUCGACGAAUUGGAUGCAUUGACGCCUCAUAGAGCCGAAGCUCAAUCUCACGAGUCACGCGUGGUUGCACAACUCUUGACAUUGAUGGAUGGUAUGGAGUCCCGAGGGAGGUUGGUGGUUUUGGCGGCAACCAAUAGACCAAAUGCUAUCGAUCCAGCUUUAAGAAGGCCUGGACGGUUCGAUCGCGAAGUUGCGGUUGACGUGCCAUCGGAAGAAUCGCGUUGUAAAAUUUUGAAAUCACUAACUUCCGCCGUGCCUCUUGGUGAUGAUGUUAAUAUUGGAUCGUUGGCUUCCAUUACAAGCGGAUACGUCGGUGCUGAUUUGGCAUCGCUCUGUCGGGAAGCUGCGAUGAAUGCUGUUCAUCGUAAAUUAAGAUCAUCCGAUAGCAAUGAAGGAUUCUUAAAGUAUGAGCCGCGUUACUCUAUUCAAGGGACAGUGAGGACUUAUUUACAAAACAACCUAUCUCAUCAUAGUAUUCGGUCUGUCAUUACCAUGGGUGAUUUCUUGAAUGCGAUGUCACACGUUCUUCCCUCAAUACAACGCGGAUUUCAGGUGAAUGUUGAAAAGACAAGUUGGGAUGACAUCGGCGGCUUGGAAUCAGUUAAAAAGCAAAUAAUUCAAGCUGUGGAAUGGCCCCUGAAAUGUCAUACUACCUUUAAAAGAUUAGGCUUGAAACCGCCUCGGGGAAUCCUGUUAUACGGACCACCGGGAUGCAGCAAAACUACUUUGGUUAAGGUAAUAGCCGCGACCACUGGAGUUACAUUUCUUUCCAUAAACGGGGCGGAGCUUUAUUCACCUUUUGUUGGUGACUCGGAAAAAAUUAUAAGAUCCACCUUUCGAAGAGCGCGCGCAUCGAUCCCUUCCGUUAUAUUUUUUGAUGAAAUUGAUGCCAUCGUUGGAAAAAGAUCAUUAAAUGGAGAACUCGGUGGUGGCAAUAAUGUACAGGAGCGCGUGCUGUCGACAUUAUUAAACGAGAUGGAUGGUAUCGAGAUUACCAACAAUGUUCUCGUGGUGGGUGCCACCAAUCGACCAGAUAUGGUUGACGAUGCACUGUUGAGACCUGGAAGAUUCGAUAAGCUUAUAUAUGUUCCGCCACCGAAUCUGUCGGCGAGAAAGCAAAUUUUAAGGAUACACGCUUCAAAGAUGCCAUUGUGCAAAGAUGUCGAUUUGGAUGCUAUUGCAGAAAAGACUGAAAUGUACACUGGAGCAGAUCUCAAGAAUUUAUGUAGAGAAUCCGCUAUGAUUGCAUUGCGAGCGGAGAGGGAUACGAUGAGCGUGAAUAUGUGUGAUUUUUUUAGUGCAUUGGAGUUAGUGAAGCCUUCAUUAACAACUGAAAUGAUGAAAUAUGAAG